CCGAUACUCUUUCCACAACAAUUCUGGGCCUGGUGGCAGCAGGGAGGAGACAUGGACAAGUUGUCAUUGUGUUUCCUGGUCAUCAUCAGCAUCCCUGGUGCUUUUCUCCUAGAAGACCUGAAAAAUAAGGCCUUUGUGUUCCCUCAAGAGUCUGAUAAUUCCUUUGUGACCCUAUUUGCUCAGGCCCAGGAGCCACUGAAGGCUUUCACCAUAUGCCUGAAAGUCCAUACAGCCUUGACCCGCCCAUAUAGCCUCUUCUCUUAUGCCACCAAGGCACAUUAUAAUGAGAUCCUCCUCUUCAAGGAAAAGCUUGGCAUAUUCAGCAUAUCUGUGGGUGGCACUGACGCCUACUUCAACAUUCCGGAGAGUGCUUUUGAACCAAUGCACUUCUGUGCUACCUGGGAGUCCAUCUCAGGGAUUGUAGAGCUCUGGGUGAAUGGGAAGCCCAUGGCGAGGACGAGCCUGAAGAAGGGAUACACUGUGGGGACAGGCAUCAUCCUGGGGCAGGAGCAGGAUUCCUUCACUGGGAGCUUUGAUAAGAACCAGUCCUUGGUGGGAGACAUUGGAGACAUGAACAUGUGGGACUUUGUGCUGACACCAGCUGAAAUGAACACCAUCUACAAUGGUGAGAUCCCAAGUGCCAACGUCCUGAACUGGCAGAAUAUGAUGUACAAGGCACAAGGUGAAGUGUUUGUCAAGUCCCAGCUGUGGAUCUGAGAUCUUUUGUCGGUCUUGAAGUUGCCUCCAAUAAGGGGGGGGGGGGUCACACCUUGCAAGGCCCUCAUUUGUCCUGGCUCUGAGGGGUGAACCCUACAUGCAUGGGGGGCUGUGUUUCCCUCUGCCUCCUCCACUCUGCUUUUAACAGCGCAAGGGACAGUGCAGGGCAGAGGGGUUGUUCACGACUGUACAUCAGAAUCACCAGGCCAUACUACCCGAUCUGGGGGAGGGGCGCCUG